AUGGAUUCCGAUCAGCUAAUAUUAAGUGGUCAAAUGAUGUUAAAAUUUGUUGCUGACUACUGGCGAACAAUAGAAAAUCGUUCGGUAUUGCCAUCUGUUCAACCUGGUUAUCUUCAGCCCUUGUUACCAUCACAAGCCCCAGAAGAACCCGAACAAUUUAGUCAAAUAAUCAAUGAUUUAGAAUCAACGAUAAUGCAAGGUGUGACACAUUGGCAAAGCCCGUAUUUUUAUGCCUAUUAUCCAACAGCAAAUUCAUAUGCUGCUAUUUGUGGUGAUAUUCUAUCAGCAGGCAUCGCUUGUGUUGGCUUUUCAUGGAUUGCAUCGCCAUCAUGUACAGAAUUAGAAGUGAUUGUAAUGGAUUGGCUAGUCAAAGCAUUAAAUUUACCAGAGUUUUUCUUAUCAACAGGAAAUGGAGGUGGAGUGAUUCAAGGUACUGCUAGUGAAGCAGUAUUAGUCGCUGUGUUAGCAGCACGUUCACGUGUGCUCAAUCGAAUGCAAGAAAAAGAUUCGAGUAUAACACUUGGUAAACUACUUGAUAAAUUAGUUGUUUAUUGUUCUGAUCAAGCUCAUUCGUCCGUGGAUAAAGCGGUACUGAUUGUUGGAUGUAAACUACGUAAAAUUGUAUCGGAUAACAACUGUAGUAUAAAAGCUGAUCAAUUAGAGCAAGCAAUUAGUGAUGAUCGUGCAAAAGAUUUAAUACCAUUUUGCUUAGUCGCCACCUUGGGAUCAACGCCCACGUGUGCUUUCGAUGAUGUUGCUGGUUUAGGUAAAGUAUGUCAGGAAGAAAAUAUAUGGCUACAUGUUGAUGCGGCCUAUGCUGGUAGUGCAUUUAUUUGUCCUGAAUAUCAAUAUCUGUUGAAUGGUGUUGAAUAUUCAGAUUCGUUUAAUUUUAAUCCUCAUAAAUGGAUGUUAGUUAAUUUUGAUUGUUCAGCAAUGUGGAUUAAAGAUCGAACAUAUUUUAUAAAUGCUUUUAAUGUUGAUCCAUUAUAUUUGAAACAUGAUUAUUCAAAAGUGGCACCAGAUUAUCGACAUUGGCAAAUACCAUUGGGUAGACGAUUUCGUUCGCUUAAAUUAUGGUUUGUAUUGCGAACAUAUGGUCUUAGUGGAAUUCGUAAACACAUAAGAAAACAUAUUGAAUUGGCAAAAUUAUUUAUCAGUUAUCUUGAAAAUGAUAAACGUUUUGAAAUUGUAUUUCCGUCAAUAACAAUGGGACUCGUCUGUUUCCGGUUGAAAGAUGGUUCGAACGAAUUAAAUGAAAAAUUAUUAAAAGCACUUAAUGAAGAUAAACGUAUUUAUCUCGUUCCUUCAAUGGUUAAACAACGUUUCAUUCUAAGAUUAGUCGUAUGUUCAUAUUUAACAGAAGUCAAACAUAUUGAAUAUGCAUGGAAUAUUAUCAAGGAAGUAGCAACAAAACUCUUGACAAAAACUUGA